AUGUGGAGCGAACUGGCCAGUUGCGGAUUUUUAAAAAGAAUCGCACCAGUACCAAAUAUGUCAGCAACGAAGUUCCUACAUCCGAUUUUACGCGGGUUGAAGCCUCUGCCAGAAGGUCAUGCGGAGGAACUACAACAAAUUAAAGAAUGGAUGAAAGGCCAGCAGCACCUACCAUACAUAUCAGACGAGUAUAUAUUCCUGUUUCUGUACUCGAACUACUUCAAGGUAUCGGAGACCAAAGAAACCAUCGAACACUACUUCACGUUACGCGCAACCAGCGGCGCUGACCUCUUCACUAAUAGGGACCCGCUAGCACCUAAAAAUAAGGCCGCUUUGGAUAUUACGCACAUGGUAGCAUUUCCAAACAAGACUGCAGAAGGCUACAACGUGUUAUUCUACAGACUAUCAGACUACGACUACAGCAAACUGAACUUCGCCGAUGCCGUUAGAGUUUUUUGUAUGUUUAAUGAUGUCAAAUUAUCUGAAGAUCAGGGCCAGGCGGAAGGGUACAUUGUCAUUUUCGAUAUGAAGGGAUGCAGUCUUGGGCACUUGACUAGAGUGACCUUGCCAGCGCUGAGAGCAUUCAUGCAUUACAUACAGAACGCUCAUCCGGCUCGUCUCAAGAAAAUCCACGUCGUACACACAGUCUCGUUCAUCAACCAAGUCAUGUGCCUCGUCAAGCCUCUUAUUCACUCUAAUCUGCUUAACCUGCUCAACUUCUCCUCCGAAGGCCCUGAGUCUGUCGUCGAUAAAGCACUCCUACCCGAAGACUUCGGAGGACCUCUCCCAUCUGUUAAGAAACUUCACGAAGAACAAAGAAAGAAUAUGGAGGAGAAUUAUAGAGAGUGGCUGAUUGAGAGUGAAAUCUUUAAGACUGAUGAAAAGAAACGGAUUAAAAAACCAAGUAAGGGGAUGUUUGCCAGUUUCACGAGUAGUUUCAAGAGCUUGGACAUUGAUUGA